ACAUUUCUGGACUCUAUGGGAGGCAAAGCACCUAUAACUAUCUUUACAGAUCAAGAUCAAGCAAUGGCAAAUGCUAUUGAACAAGUAUUUCCUAAUACAAGACAUAGAUUAUGCUUAUGGCACUUACAAAAGAAUGCUGUGUCAAGAUUUGGAGACUUAAAAGCUGACAAUACAUUCAAAGACACAUUCAAGAAGUGCUUAUAUCGUUGUUACAAUGAAGAAGAAUUUGAAACCACUUGGUUUGACAUGAUUACUAAGUAUAACCUUCAAGAUCAUGAUUGGUUUACAAAUCUCUAUACAAUAAAAGAAAAAUGGUGUACAGCUUUGAACAAAGAUUUUUUCUCAGCUGGAAUAUUGUCUUCACAAAGGAGUGAGAGCACUAACAAUGCUAUUGGAUUUAAAGGGAACAAAUCAACUUCACUAACAGAAUUCUUUCACAUUUUUGGAGCAACAGUGGAUCGUUGGAGAUAUCAAGAAGAUCAAAAUGAAUAUGAUUGUGGAAAUGCUUUGCCUAAAUCUGAUUUUCCAAUGGUCGGAAUGAUAAAACAUGCGGCAAAUGUUUACACACUUACAUUGUUUAGAGAUUUUGAAAAAGAAUUCAAGUAUGCAAUGGGUUGCAUCUCAAAUGUCAACUACAUCAAUGGAAAUUUCUUUGGUUACAAAGUGCAACAUGAAUCUUGGCCUGAACAUACUGCCCAUUAUGUAGCAUUUGAUCCAACAACAAAUUCCAUUAAAUGCACUUGUAGGAACUUCGAAGAAUCAGGAUGGCUAUGUUUCCAUGCAAUACGAGUUCUACAUAUACAUUCUAUUGUCAACAUUCCAGAGCAAUACAUUUCAAAAAGGUGGACAAAGUUUGCAAAAAGUGAAGUAUGGAAGAGAAUGGAACAUAGAGAAGAUAAUGGAACAGAAAAGAGAAAAAUUACUCCAUGGCGUUAUGAGAUGGCAAGAAAUUUGUACAACUUGGUUAUUAAAUGUCAAGGGAGUGAUGCAGCUAAAAAGGUGCUUAAAGAGGCUUAUGCUCAUGCUAACGAAAGCAUAAAUAAGGUUCUAGAAAAAGAAAAAGCAGCAGAAAAGGAGGCAGCACAAAAGGCACAAGACGAUGUUGAAGCACAACAAACCACAAUCAACAUAGCACCGUCUACAUCAUCAUCGUCAUCAAAUGCACCACAAAUAAUAGUUGAAAAUCCACCACUAGUGAAGACAAAAGGAAGAAGUAAAAGAAAAAAAGGAUUCUUUGAGAUAAGGACAUCGUCAACAGCACCUACAGAAUUUGGAACUUUUACACCAAAAGAACAACUUUUUUAGUGACAUUGGAUUGAAUUUAGUGUUUAUCAAAUUAGUUAACUUGUACCAGCAAUUAGUUAACUUGUUCCCUCAAUUAGUUAACUUCU